AUGACUUCGCCUUCGGUACUGACGGGCAAUCGGUCUGGUGUGGUCACUGUGCAUUUCGUAUCUUUUAUAUUCGUAAUUUGAAGAGGUUAAUUAAAAAUGCGUUACAUUUAUGUAUAAAAUAAAACUAAAGAUGCCAAAAAGUAAAACCGAAUUAAGAUUGAAGUUUUGAUAGAAAUUUGGUGUUUAUUUUGUUUUGUAUAUUAGCGGUGAAAUCGUAAAAAUGUUUGACUAUAAAUACCUUGGUCGUGAACAUCUGGAAGGCUUCGAUAACUACAAGUAUAUGGCUAGGGAUACAAGUCCUUUAAGUGUAUAUGUAAUGCACCCGUUCUGGAACAAGGUUGUUGAGUUAGUACCCCGUUGGAUAGCACCGAAUGUCCUAACGUUUGCAGGGUUUAUAUUAACAGUGGCAGAUUUCUUGCUGCUAUCUUUCUAUGACUACGAUUACUAUGCAGCGGCCACUAAAUAUAACACGACCAGUACUGAACCUUUGAACGGACACACGGAAGUUAUACCGCAGUCAUUGUGGUAUCUAUUGGCUGUGUUCCUCUUCUUAGCAUACACUUUAGACGGCAUUGAUGGUAAACAGGCCCGUAGAACACAGACCUCAGGGCCUUUAGGAGAAUUGUUCGACCACGGAUUAGAUUCUUACUCUGUGUUCUUCAUACCAGCAUGUCUUUACUCCAUAUUUGGUCGUCUAGACUACUCAAUAUCGCCUAUCAGGAUGUAUUACGUGAUGUGGAAUCUUUUACUGAAUUUCUAUCUGAGUCACUGGGAGAAGUACAACACCGGCGUGUUAUUCCUUCCCUGGGGCUACGACUUCAGUAUGUGGACGUCAACGUUCGUGUUCCUAUGGACGGGAUCUCACGGGACAUCGUAUUACAAAAAAAACCUCUUCGGUUCAUAUACACUGGCCGAUGGUUUCGAGUGGCUCAUCUACGCCACCGGAGUAUUCACUAACUUGCCAGUCGCUGUAUACAAUAUAUAUCAGUCAUACAAGCUUAAGACAGGUAAGAUGAGAGCUCCUCUUGAGGCAGUACGUCCAUUGUGGUCCUUGCUCAGCAUAUUCAUAGUGUGUACCGUCUGGGUUCACUGGUCAAACAAUUUACCUAAUAGCGACCCACGAGCUCUAUUCCUUCUUAUUGGGACACUAUUCAGUAAUGUAGCUUGUCGGCUGAUAGUGAGUCAGAUGAGCAACCAGCGUUGUGAGGCGGUCAGUUGGUUGUUGUGGCCGUUGUCUAUAAGUGUGAUGUCUUCUCUGGCCACUCCGCAGUACGAGCCGCUGUUCUUCUACACUAUGACAGUGUUCAGUGUCCUCGCCCAUGUCCACUACGGCACCUGUGUUGUCCGUCAAAUGUGUGAGCACUUCAGGAUAGGCUGUUUCCAUAUAAAGCAGCGUUCAGACUGACUCCUAGCCGACAGUGCGUGCUAACUGACAUCGAAAUUAAAAUGGAAAUUGAACUUUAUAUCCUACACAAUAAGUUUCAUUAUUAAUUGUAUUAUGCACUUGACAUUUAUUAUUUAGUAUUUAAUAUUUCGUCUUCAUAUGUAUGUUGUUUGCAAUCACUGUAUUUAUAAUACAAAAUUAUUUUACCUAUAGUCUACAGUGAAUGCCAAGUACAUAUUGGUACUUAUGUCAUAUAAAAUAAAGUUGAAUUUCCAACAACAAAUUUCAUACUGAAACAUUACAUCCAACAUGAAUAACUGUCAAUUUGCUUAGAAAUAUAUAUAAUUUUUGUCUAUCGAUGUCAUACAUUGUGUAUUACCAUACGUAUAUCCGUUGCAGGCAGAUGAUAAUUAUUUUUGUACACUCUAUAAAGCACGCAUUGUCCCCGCGGUUUUUAUUUCUAAGCGUAUGUCCACACGAGUGGUUGUGAAUUUGAACUUUGUGACUUUAACGAAUUCUGUAUUUACGAUAAUCAUAUUAUAAGAUGUAGUCUUUUUUCUUGUUAUUUUUUGCUGUAUAUACUUAUAAUUCAUAAACAUUACUGUAAUUUUUAGAUCUUUUUUGUUUUUUUUUUUUAAAUUAUAAUAUUAUUAUUUUUUUUUGGCUGUUUAAUCUGUGUAUGUUUUUGUAAUAGUCUGUGUAUGGGAGACAAAUCUAUAUUAUCAUGUUUGUAUUCAUUUAAUUUAUGUACAGAUAAGAUAUAGUAAUAUUAUUAUUUAACAAGCAUUUAUAAAUCAAAUUAUUUUGUUGUUUGUAACAUUUAAUCUUUUUUUGUUAUUUAUUUAUUAUUAUUUAAGACGACACUUUAUAUUUCUAUAUAUUGUAAAGUAAAAUUCUCCUAUAUUACAUCAUGUUUGAGAUACAUAAUAUAUAUAUUUUUUAAUAAUAUAGAUAAUGAAAAUAUCACAUUGAAAUGUCGUUUAACAAAAAGUAUUUGUACAAAAUUCAAUUAUUGGAAAGUGCCGUAUCAAUGGACGCUCUAUAAUAAUUGAACAGUAUUAAAUGUCACUUUUAUAUCCCUCUGUCAUACCACCGAUAUAUUUCAUAUUGAAAAUCAACUAAAUGAGAAUAUGUGAAAUAUUUUCAUAUAAUCUGAGUUACUUCGCUGAUUAUACAAGUUAAAUAUAACUAAGAAAUAUAUGUAAUAUUUGAGAUUUUUAAUAGCCCUUUGUGCUAUUCAUAUAAACAAGCAUAUUUUUAUACUUAGAACUCGCUGCUAACACUCCUCAUAAGUUAUAAGAGCAACUCAAAAAUUGAAUUUUAUGUGAAAAUUAAUUUUCAUAAUUACUCAGCAGUCUAUUUUAUUGAAUUUACUUCGAAUACAUUCAACGUAUGAUGUACUCGGUUUAGAAUUUUGUGGUAAUUUAGUCAAAUUAUUAUUUUUUUAUACAAAUGCCCUAUAAGAUAUAUAAUCUUUACCAAUCAUCAAUGUGUUAAAAUAAUAUAGAAAUACUACCUGUAAUAUACAGUUACACAGGAUCCUACCGAUUAUAACUUUCUUAUAAUCUAUGUUUAUCAUAUAUAAAUUAAAUCCGAAACAAAAGAGGUUUUAUUGGAAUUUCUAAUUCAUACAGGUUAAAGUAUGUUAAUUUUCAGUGUUUUUUUUUUACUGAAUUAAAAAAUUUUAAUCAAUUAUAACAUUAUCAUCCUGUUCAUAGUCUGUGCUGUUUUAUGUGUAUGUAACAUCAAGAUGAAUUCUUCAUGCUAUGAAACAAGUUCUUCCCGAUUGCCUUGAAAAUGGAUGUGAUAGCUUAGGAUAGCUAGGUCAUAGCUUUACACUACACGGUCACCACUUUGCAAGACAUUUGAAUUAUAACUAUUUAAUGAAA